AUGUGUGAUACCUACAGUGUGCCAGGAGGGACUGACUUCGUCUACGAGCGCGAUCAUGACGCGUUCGCGCGGCUUGAUGAUUAUUGCAACUGGAACCAGAUGUCAGAACCAGCAGCUCCUUUGGUGGUUUCUGGGCCCUCUGGGUCGGGCAAGAGUGCUCUCCUUGCGAACUGGCUUUUGCACUACCGCCGGCGGUUGGAAAAGCGGCCGAAACACGGAGGGGCGUCGGAGAAGAUCCUUAUUUUUUGCCACGCAGUCGGGUGCACACGACAUGGCGUCGAGGUGGACCAGUUACUGUGGAGGCUUCUCGCGGACGUCAAGCAGCGAUUCGAUUUGGUUCGAAACGUUCCAAACGAAGCAGAACGGCUCAGCUGGGAAUUGCCGCGCUUUCUUGAUCUGGCAGCAAGAGAGGGGCGUGUGAUCAUCGUUGUUGACGGCCUUCACCGCCUCCAGGACAAGAAUGGGGGAGAAAUUGGUCUGCAGUGGCUCCCCCUCCGGAUUCCAGGCAAUGUUCGGAUCAUCGUUACCGCGACACAUCCAGACCCAAACUACCUCCAGCUUCACGAGCUAAAAAUCAGACAACACAUGGCCAACCCCCACCAGUCACUGCUCUCGUCCCAGCCGUCUGACAACUCAAACGGGGUCGGUGAUACGCACGCAAGCGGCGGCGGGAGCGGCGGCGGUUCUACCGGCAAGGGAAAAAGCAGUGCCGGGACCGGCGAAGAAGGCGAAGCGGAGUACGAGAGUAGUCAUCGGCGACGAAAGGUGCUCAUGGAGCUUUCUCGAAGAAAGUGGCCAACUUUGGAACUCGGGCCGCUCCAGAAUUGGCGCAAACGCGACAUCGUGGAGGCAUUCCUCAGGCGCUCACUCUCGGGGACAAGAACGCAAGAUUCGGUACCCUCAACCGCGAACAGCGAUUGUCGACCAAAACCACCACACGCUUCUUCGGAAGAAGGGAUAUUUCUGACAGGGGUCGACAUGAAGGAGAAUGGAACAAUCGGCCUCGGGACUGGCACCGUGACUAGCAGUGUAACGCCGGGGGGAUCGGGAGAGCCGGGUUCAUCGCCGGGUUUGGUCUUGUUCCCGUCGAUGAUCGAGAGUAUCCUGUCAAACGAUGCCACGAGCUCCGCGCUGUACUUGCGUACGCUGCUCCGGGCUCUCGAUUGGGCGGCGAAGAACGCGUACGACGUGCGUGCAUUGCUGAAGAACAUGCUGAACACGACGACUGUUGGUCAACUGUACAACGUGUUCUUCGACAGCAAUCCCACAGAGACAUCGAUACGGAUCGCGGAACAGGACAAUGAAGCCGAAGGGGGCAAGCAAGCGCUGCAGGACGUUAUCGAUGCUCUGGGGGGAGAAAUGCCCCUCAACUCACUAGAUUCCAGUUCUUCCGCCGAGAGUCAUACAGGUGGCAACCGGCACCGGCAGCGGCAGCAGCAGCAGCACUCCGCCGUCGCGUCCGAGAGACCGGGGCAUGUAAAUGAUGCAGUAGUUGGCGUCGACGCUGCUCAAGAAGGACAAACGAGCGGAAACAUGGCGUCGGACAAACUCCAGGUCGUGGAAGGAGCCAACGACAACGCGAAAGGCGAGGGCAAUGACUGCUCAGAAGAGGGAAAUGAAGAGGAGGACGCAGGGUGGAGCGAAGGGGAGGGCGACGAAUACAGCGAGGAAGGGUACGAAGACAGUGAUUUCGAAGAGAUCGAGGAGGGUGAGCAGGUGAAAGUAGGGAGAAACAAGUCACCUCCAGAGGACGGUGCUUCGUCGACAAAGUUUCAAGAAGCAGCCAUGACGGACGGGAUAAACCAAGAACAGGGGACAGACGGUGGUACUCAAGCUAGCAUGUCUCGGGAGGAAGUUGGUCCAGGACCAACUGGCUCCGAACCAACUCAGAAUCGUGCCGGCAAUGUCUUCGGGGUUACGGAUGAAUCCAGGAGUGGCGGCUUGCCCUCCAGAGCUUUCGCCUUGUCUGAGGUUCCGGUGUAUCUGUCGGGAGGGACAAAGGCGAGUACAAGGGUGCAACGAUUGCUCAUUCAGGUCGAAGGGUUUGGUGUGAAGGUCGGUCGCGCGGUGGCCCUCCUCCACGUCGUCCGCCAUGGCCUGAGGUCCCAGGAGCUGUGGUCAUUGCUCGCAGCAUUGGAGGCUUACUCGUCAGCCCAGGAGAAGGCUGAGGGCACAGAAGGGGAGGCCGAAUCGCGGCUUUUGCGAAAGCUGCUCAGAAACCAGAACCGGCUGAUUGACAGCAUACGCCAGAUGGAUACCGACAGGGACGGCGUUGUCUCCACGGCGGAGUUCCGAGCCGCGAUCGUCUCUAUGAACCUCGGCCUCACCGAUCGUCAAGUGGAGAAGCUUAUCCACUCUAUCGACGUGGACAACGAUGGGGAGCUAGACAUGCAGAGCGCCAGGAAAGGCGAAUUCGAGUCUAGCACUUGGAGCGACUUCACAGAAGAAGACGCCGGCGACACCAGUUCUCUAUCAGACGGGGCCAAGGCCUCCCUCAAGUCAGCUCUGUCGGUGUUGGGCGUGUGCCACGACGGUCUAACCCACAACGGAGAGGAGCAUAGCAUCUUUGUACUCGGGCUCGACGCUGAGGACCUGCGGGAAGUGGUGUCUCGACGAUACGUGACGUCUGAUAGUGCUUGGCACUCUCGCCUGGUGCGGUUCUUCCAGGCGCAGCCACCAAGCCCCCGAAGGUGCGAGGAGCUCCCAUGGCACCUAAAAAAGUGCUACAGGUGGCACCCGCUCAAGAACUCCUUGGUCAAUCUGCGGACGUUUGAGACAAUGUGGACGACGACCCAACUGAGAAGGGAGUUGAUGGACUACUGGAAGCUUUUGACGGAGGGGCCUCUCCAUGCUAGUGAAGAAGCAGCAGCGGCUGACCUCAGGAACGACAGUAAAUCGAGACUCGUCAGCCUCAUGAUGCAGGAGUCAUGCAAUCGAGGAAUGGGGGGGUCGUCCGUGAGUGCGGCGGAUAUAAUCGCUGUCGGUAACGACGGCAACGGCGACAGUUCUGGCAAGGUUGCGCCCUUUGACCUGGUUUUCGAGUACAACCACGCCGUUGAGGGGUGGCAGGCGUUGGGUCGCCCGACAAUAUCGCGGCUUGGAGAGAUGGUUCACACGAUCAGUGACUUCAUGAGGGAGAUGAGCCAGCUCGUUCAAAAGGAAUAUGCUAGAAGCCCGCCGUUCCUGCACAUGCCCCUGGACUUCAAGACCUUGGAAAGUGUCGGCAUCAACCCCGAUCUGAUCGCGUGGACAGGGGCGGAUGCCACUCCCGCCUUGCGAGAAGGGGCUGAAGAGCAUGUGAACGCGAGAAAUAAGGACGAUAUCCUGGCAAAGCCGAAGGGUGCUCCCAAGGACAAGCUUUCCUACUACCGCGUGGCCCCUUUCUACUACUUCCAGCGAUGGCUGUGGGUUCAGUUUCCUUGGAUGGCGUUGUCGGGAAGCAGCGCCGGUGUGGUGUCAGCAGGACCAGCGGGUGCGAGAGCAGCAACGACAGUGGCCGCGGAAGGGUUUGGUUUUGGAAGUGGUGGCAACUCUGGCGUUGGCGAUCGGGGUGAUGGAAAAGGCGCCUUGCCAGACAAAUCACGCAGAUUCUGGCGUGUAAAGCGGAUAGAUCCGUUUGGAGAGCCUUCGGUGAACGUAAGCGAAGACCGACUGAGGUCACGACUCAAGGCGGAGGUCGGGAGAUCGGUGACGACUACUCUACUGGACACGCAAUCACACUAUAACCUCCUCAACGAUGUCGGCGCCGGGAUGGCGUCCAACGCGGCGCAUCGGCGACACGCUCUUCGUGUGGAAGCAGAGGAGACGUUCGGCAAACCACCCCGUGCAAAACAGCCGCGCACGUUGGCUUCUGUGGGGAGCGCACCACUGUCUACCAACAAUGGUACUGGUGGCCGGGGCGGCUUCCUGAGCGAGGACGACUCCGACUUGAACUCGGCUAUCGUGACGUCUCCUGCUGACCUAAAGUCACUAGGAAUAGGGCGGGACGUUUUGGCUAGCAUUGUAGGGGGCGGAGAUUUGAUGGGACAAGGCGGCGGCAUUGCAAACGACGGGGAUGGUAGUGCUGGGUCGAAGGCUCGGAGUGGCAUAGGCGGAGGCCGAGGAAGAGGGCGCAACAGCGGGCUUGGAGCUUCGCACUACCGCAGGGCACUUGCGGACGGACGAAAGGCUAUUAGCGUGCUAGCAGGCACAAACCCGCUGUCUCCGUUGCCAGGGAAAGCCUUGGUGGAGACUGGAAGUUUCCUGGGCACUAGCAUCAGCAUAUUCCCGAUGUCCAUGGAUGAGGAAAUGGUGCAUGAGGCCAAGGACAUGGCACUAAAGCUGCGACAUAUCCACGACGCCCUGCAAGGAGAAGUGAAACGAAAGACCAAGAGACUAAUCGAGAUCAAGCGAGGCGUCGAGGAGCGGAAUUCACAGGACGCGUACACAAUGUCGCGCACGAUGGCGGGAGAGAACAUGAUCAAAGCGCUUGAGACGCGAUUCACCAAGGUACGCUCCACGAGCGCCGAGCUAGACAGAGUUGGGGCGUUCUACGGCCGCAUCAUCGAGCUAUGCGUGGGCAACCCGCCGAAAGACAACCGUCACCUGCGUGCCCUCGAAGAACAGGUGUUUUUGUCCAAGCAACAAACGACCGACCUGUCUGGAAAGGUCCAGAAACUUCUUUUCGAGAAAGACGAUAUUGAGCGCCUUGGCAUCGACGGUCUCAGGGUUCAGCUUGCCCGCACCAAGGCCGUUCGUCAAAAGGUCAACGUCCGGGCAGAACAACUGCGCGAGCAAAUCGAGAAGAAUGUGAAGUCCGAGCGGAGAGGCCUCAAGGCUAGGGAAGCCGCGAUGCAUCUUGACGGCUCAUCGACACUGCCGCGGGGAACGACCGUACUCGACCGUGACCAUCCUAGUAUGCACGGGGUUGGCGUAACUGCCCUUGUCGCUACCGGCAAAGUGUAUGGAGCGGCGAGGCGGGCCCAGACUCAAUCCCGCCUGUUCGGCGAAGAGGAACUAGAGAGGGAGGGCAUGGAAGAAGCUUUGGAGCAGCUUGCGAUGGUCGUGGGUGCGGAACAUGUCGAUGAUAUCGCAGAGAAAUUCAAGGACAUCGAGGCUAGAGCGCAAGAUCUCCAAGCCCAGGGGCAGUCCUGCACGGUGACAGUCGAAAAGCUGCGCAAGAAACUCGAGCGCCGUCAAAAGACCCUUUCGGAUUUACAGGUGGUAGACCGUGACGCUUCGGCCGGAGGCUCAUCCACGCCUUGCGCUUCUUCCGGGAACAGCAAUCUCCAUCGUGAACAGCGUCGUCUGGAUGACUUGGUAUUCCAGUCGGGGAUUCGUCUCGCGCAGAGUACCAGAAAGGCCUUGAAGGCGAAGGGAGACUUCACCGACCUGAGGGUAGGUGUUCUUCACCUAGCAAGCCUGAUCGAUUCAGUGGUCCGACAAGCCGACGAUCACGGUGGUGCUCUCAUCCUGGCAAAGAGCCGGGUCCAGCAACUGCUGGCGAAGGAGCUAUCGAACGCAGCGGCAGCGACGGACGUGCCAUCAGCAGUGGGGGGGGUGGCGGCACCAACACCUUCAACAGCGGCAGAAAGCAGUGGCCCAGGCGGUGCAGCGGGGGCGGGGGCAGGAGUGGCGGCGCCAGCGCUAGCAGAAGGUGGUGUCUCUUCGAGGGUGGUGCCGUUACGUGACAUGGAGGAUCCUUUGGAAGGCGAGCACGACGUUGAUCACCCGGAUGGUUCGGGACUGGUGGAAACCAUACCUGUGGAAAAGGACGAGGACGUUUGCAAGCUAUUGGAAGCAUGCGAAAGACGUGUCUGCCGUGUGAUGGAAGCCAGUGGUCUCGGAGGAAGCGUAGGAACGAAAGAAUCGGUCUCAGAUUCUGACAAAAAUGUUGACCCGCAGCGACCUUCCUUCUGGCACAGCGGGAUCAACACGGCGACGGUUCCGCCGGGGAGCGAGCCGGUUACGGAGGGAGAGGCAACCCCCUCGGUUCUCGAUCGACUCUUCAUGGGGCAGACCAAGGGCCUCAAGGGCGACGGCGCGGGGAUGGACAUUCGCGUCUUCCCGCCCAAAGCGCGCGAUACCCGAUUCGAGCGGAGCAUGGGUGACGCUCUCAGACAACAGAACGAAAAGCUGGAAAUGCAAGAGACGGAGGCCAGCAAUCUUGACCGUAACGCGGUGGCGACGGGAGUGGCGUCGUUCCUUGAGGAUGCGCUCAACAGCAAGUCUGCCAACAAGCACUUGAGGCGGGCCAACAUGCUCGUGAUGGGCAAACAGGGUAAGCGCGCUGGGUUCGGGCUAGUGAUGGAUGAUGUACUGAGCGGUGCCGAUAUCGACAUCUACGGCCUCGCGGACGCAACGAGGAGACGAGCCAACGGCAUGGAGAAGGCUUCGACCGCGGACCAAGCCAUUCUCAGUCGCACAGAUUUGUCCUCAGCCGUAAGAGGAAGGCCAGACUUGAAGGCGAGCUCGCAGGCAACGUCUGCCCGGCGGAAGCAGGAGGGCCGGAAAAAGGCUUUGAUGAAGAAACGGGUCGCCCAGACGGCGCGCGCUUAG